AUGACCCAACCCAACGCCUUGGAGCACAUCCAGAUCGAUACCAGUGACGAGGAAUCACUCUUCGCCACCCAAUCUAUUCUAGAUUCCAACUUCUCCUUCGCGUCCUCCGUCCGCGACUACUGUUACGAAAAUGGCCGCCGUUACCAUGCCUACCGGCACGGCCAGUACCCUUUCCCCAACGACGAGGAAGAACAGGACCGCCUCGCUGUAAUGCACCACCUCUUCAAGCUCGUGCUGGGCGGGGAUCUGUACCGCGCCCCGUUCGCCCGUGACAGACCCCCCACCCGCAUCUUGGACAUCGGCACCGGCACGGGGGAAUGGGCGAUUGAAAUAAGCGAAAACUUCCCCGGCGCAGAAAUCAUCGGCACAGACCUGAGUCCGAUCCAGCCGGGCUGGGUGCCGUCGAAUUGCCGGUUCUUCAUCGACGAUGUGGAGAGCGACUGGGCGUUCACACCGGGGGAGGCGUUCGACUUUAUCCACGCGCGAACGAUGGGGUGGUUCGAGGUGCAGGAGUUUGCGAUGGAACUUUCCUCGGACGACGGGUCGCAUCACAUGGCGCCGACGGUGAUGGAAUGGCUGAAUAGGGUGAACGAUGCGAGUAAGCAGUUUGGGAAGGACUUGAAUAUCGCAAAGGAUGUUGCAGGGUGGAUGCGGAAGGAGGGGUAUGUGAACGUACAUGAUGAUAUAUACAAGGCUCCUGUGGGUGGCUGGGCGAAGAAUCCUCGGAUGAAAGAGAUCGGGCGGAUGACGAGGAUCACAGUGAAUGAUAUCAUUGAGCCGUAUAGCCUUGCCCUGAUGACGAGGGUGAUUGGGCUCUCGUAUCAAGAAGUGCAGGAGUAUAUGGAGAGAGUGCGGGCGGAGUUUUUGAAUCCGAAGGUUCAUUUUCACUUCUAUUUCCAUUUUGUCUACGGCCAGCGACCACUUGAUGACACGGAGGCCCAGACGUGA